CACUCGGGAGCCAUCACGGAGUGCAGUCAUGUGGCCUAUAUACUGGGCGGCGAUAAGGAACAUUGCCCCUCGUAUCACCUUCCCCGUGGCCUUCGUAGUGGGAGCAGUGGGCUACCACCUGGAGUGGUUUAUCAGGGGGACCCCUAAACCUAAAGAGCAAAAGAGCAUCCUGGAGCAGAGGGAGGAGAGGAAGCUGCAGGAACAAGAGGGUUUGGACAGCACUCAGGUGGUUAGCCUGAACGAGAAACUAGAGUUCACACCUAGAGCUGCUCUGAACAGGAACCGUCCUCAAGAGAGCUAACCCGUGUUUGUGAGAGACUUGCGUUUACCCUUUCCAAGAAGGAAGAUUGGAGGUGGAACCAGAGGGCCCAUACUUCUCAUUUACCUCAGCCAUACACAUGCUCUCCUGUAACAGCUUGAUGUGUACAUUUCUAUUUGUGGAGCUAGAUGGUAACUGAAAAACAUAUAUUUGCUUUUUAAUCAAGUCAAAUAUAGCUUUUAUGUCACCGUCUUCUUGAUGCAUGCCUGAUCGUGCUUUGAGCAAUAACUCAACUUAGACACUAUAAUUCAUAUACUUUACGUAUGAACCUUCUUGAUAUCCCAGUAUUCUGUUUAUUUAUGUUUAGUUGUGGUCCCAUGACACGAAUGUAAAUGGGUCCCUGCUGUUAAAUGACAUACAUGAUACAAGAGUUGACAAAGAUGGAAUAUCUUUAAUGUUCCAAGCCUGUCAGAAUGUUUAUCCUUUUAAUACUUUCUGUAUGUGUAGAAAGGACUUAUUGUGAACAUAAAAGUGGAGGAAGCGAAGAGAGACAGCUCUUAGUUCAUGUUUUUCUCAAGUAAUGUUUCGAUGAUAUGCGACACAAUAAGCCAGCAGUGUGGGGGGUCUCUCAGGAAGUUUAAGCUGCUUAGUCCUGUUGUUUGGAAAAUCUACACAAUACUUUCAUUCUAAAAAGUCUGGAUGCUCUGGUGUUACUGGAACACAUGAUGAUCAAUAAAGGAAAUGUGCUUGUACGCUUGCUACUGUAUACUCACGUUUCAGUAAAUGUUC